AUGCCUGAAAUUGCCGAAGUCGCGCGGUGCGUGCACUUCUUGCGCCUUCAUCUCGUAGGCAAGAAGAUCGCCAAGGUCUCAGCCCCCGAUGAUGCCAACGUGUUUGGUAAAGUCGGCACCAGUGGCCCGGCAUUUGAGAAAGCUGUAAAGGGAAGAACGGUUGUCUCUGUUGGAAGCCAAGGAAAGUAUUUCUGGAUCACCUUUGACAAGCCGCCUCAUGCGGUGAUGCACCUGGGCAUGACAGGAUGGAUUCACAUCAAGGGGGACAAGACGGCUUACACCAACUACUACAAAAAGAUGAAGGACGGCGAGGCAGAUGUCUGGCCGCCAAAGUACUGGAAAUUCCACAUCGAGACCGAAGGCACCCCCAAAGUCUCGGCUGCCUUCACAGACCCCCGCCGCUUCGGUCGCAUCCGCCUCGUCGACUGCCCCGGCCAAGACAUUAGAAACCAUUCGCCCCUAAAGGAGAACGGACCCGACCCGGUUGUCGACGUCGACAUCUUCACAGAAGACUACCUGACGCAAAAAAUGCAGUCGCGCCACGUCCCCGUCAAGGCGCUCCUGCUGGAUCAGAGCCAUAUCAGCGGCAUCGGGAACUGGGUUGCCGACGAGGUGCUGUACCAGUCCCGGCUGCACCCGGAGCAAUACUGCGACACCUUUGACGAGGGUGAGAUGAAGAGACUGUACGAGGCCGUGCGGUACGUCUGUCAGACGGCCGUCGACAAGCUCGGCGACUCGGACGAGUUCCCGGACGACUGGCUGUUCAACUACCGCUGGGGCAAGGGGAGUAAAGGCGCCGCGUCGGAGCUGCCCAACGGGGAGAAGCUCGCCUUCAUCACCGUCGGCGGCCGGACGAGCUGCUACGCUCCUGCGCGACAGAAGAAGACGGGGCAGGUUGUGCCAUCGGCAAAGGAGGAGCCUAUGGCAGACGGCGGCGGCGGCGGCGGCAGCGGCAAGAAGUCCAAGGCCGCAGCAUCCACGACCAAGAACAAGAGGCAGGCUAAAGCGAACGAGAGCGACGAGGACAAACCCAACAAGAAAGCGCGGGGCGCCAAGGGCCCUGCAAAAGCAAAGGUGAAGAAGGAGGAGACUCCUGAGCCGCCCGCCGCCGCCGAAGCGCCAGCGCCAAGCAAGAAGCAGCGGGGCUCUAGACAGAUUGCCGAGAGACCCAAAGCCCCGUCCUCCAGGGCCAAGAAAAUUGCCGUGAAAGAAGAUGAAGGGGCGGUGGUAGAGACAACAUCAGAGGACACGAGUAGGCGGCGAUCCCUUCGACUCAAGAGGUGA